UUCCGUCAAUGUGACGUCUUUUCCCUACGAUACGGUUUGCUACGCCCGAUGCGCUAGCUAGUUACCGAAUGCUAUCUUAAUUUCAUUAAAAAGAAAAAAACAGUGCAAAUCUAUGUCGGAAUGCCAUACAAUCACGUUAUUACUCGACAUGUUGACUAUGUAAUUAACCAUUUAGUAUGCUCACAUAUGGUAGCGCCAACGAGUUAGUUACCCUUAGUAGGUUUGUUAGCUGGAGAACCAAUAGCCCCUUAUAAGCCUCGGCUAACAGGUUAUAAUAGACAGAGGUACUGUCUACCUACACUGAUGGAGUGCCCUCACAUACACUCCAACGUGUGCCUGACGGUCGACCCGUCCAGGUUCCCCAACGGUAUCCCGUCGUCCUGGUGCUGCAACGUCUGCAGAUCGAACAAAAGCCCCUGGGUCUGCCUGACCUGUCUGCUGGUGCAUUGUGGAAGAUAUGUCAGUGGACAUGCAAAGAAACACUUUGAGGAGAACCAAGUCCCGUGCAAUAGCCAGAGGACCUGUGAGAAGCAGGAGAAGGUCCAUCACUCAGUCUGUAUGGACUGCAGCAACUACAGCUUAUACUGUUACAGGUGUGAUGAUUUUGUAGUUAAUGACACCAAACUCGGUCAAGUGCAAAAAGUCAGAGAGCAUCUUCAAAGUUUGGAAAAGUCAUCACUGAUGGGUGACAGACAAAGGAAAAGAAAGAACUUGGAAAACCUAGCCUUCCCCAGCAAGGUGUUCAAAGAUGAUGGUCUCUCCUUGGCUCUGUGCGCCACAGGCCUGCGUAACCUUGGCAACACAUGUUUCAUGAACGCUAUUCUGCAGUCUCUCAGCAACAUCCAGCAGUUCAGCCGUUACUUCAAAGAGCUGCCGGCGGUGGCACUGCGCAGCGGCAAGACGGCCGGACGCAGGAUGUACCACACCCGCAGCCAGGGAGACACCAGUGUGUCCCUGGUGGAGGAGCUGAGGAAGACGCUGUGCUCUCUGUGGCAGGGCAAUCAGACAGCCUUCAGUCCAGACUCCCUGUUCUACGCCAUAUGGAAGAUCAUGCCAAGUUUCAGGGGCUACCAGCAGCAGGACGCUCACGAGUUCAUGCGGUACCUCUUGGACCACCUCCACCGGGAACUUCAGGGAAAUCAUAACGGCGUCCCCUCAUCAGCCUCCAGUCCAGACCAUGUCCGGCUGCCCCCCACCGCAGGCAAAUGUUGCAUAAAUGGAAUAACCACUGUCGUGACUUCCAUCUUUGGAGGCAUACUUCAGAAUGAAGUCAACUGUCUCAUUUGUGGGACAGAAUCCCGGAAGUUUGACCCGUUCCUUGAUCUGUCGUUGGACAUCCCAAGUCAGUUCAGACAGAAGAAGAGCAAGGACCAGGAACCAGGGCCUACUUGCACUUUAAGUGAUUGCCUGCGUAGCUUCACAGACCUUGAGGAGCUAGACGACGCAGAGCUCUACAUGUGUCAUAAGUGUAUAAAGAGACAGAAAUCCACAAAGAAAUUCUGGAUCCAGAAGCUGCCAAAGGUUUUGUGUCUCCAUCUAAAAAGAUUCCACUGGACGGCCUUUCUGAGGAACAAGGUGGACACCUACGUGGAGUUCCCCCUCCACAGCCUGGACAUGAGGGCCUUCCUGCUGGAGCCAGAAAAAUCUUUGCCUGGGAGUUGCCUCUAUGACCUUGUUGCUGUUGUGGUCCACCACGGAUCUGGGGUUGGCUCGGGGCACUACACGGCGUACGGAUGCCACGAGGGCCGCUGGUACCACUUCAACGACAGCACGGUGACGGUGAGCAGCGAGGACACGGUGAGGAAGGCCAAGGCCUACAUCCUCUUCUACGUGGAGCGUCCCGCCAAGGCCGGCGCCGCAGACGCAGGCGCCGCCGCCCAAACCGUCGCCGUCGACACUGCGUCGGCGUCAGCAGAUGAGAUGGUCUCCGUCAGGGACGAGUUGAAGGAGGAGGACGUAGCGGGCUCCGCGGUCACCCCCGGGGCGGGGUCUGACCCGGUCCCCUCCCCUCAGGGGGUCACCGCUGGAGCGGGUUCUGACCCGGACACCACCGGAGCGGCGGAAAGGGAUCGGGCUGCGCUGGGUGAUGCUGCUGGCGGCCAGCUGGCCAGUGCUGGCUGGGAAGAGGAGGCGUUGGACGGGGACCAGUCAUGCGAGGCCACCUCAGACACGGUGACUGCAGACAGUGAUAGCCUCACUUUAGCAUCCGCUGCUGCUCAAUAAAGGGCCCGACAGAGUUUUUCAACAUCCAGCUGUGGACUUCAUUCAUUCUCUUUUUUACCUAUGCUGUAUGGAUUUAUGUAAUGUGUCUUCAUGGCAAAUAUUGGAUCAUUAUUUUAUUUUUUUUACAAUGUGCUGCUUGAUUGUUUUUGAGCGUUAUGUUUUAAUUAGAUUUUUGUCAUAGCGGUGAGUCACACGUUGAGUAAUUACCUCCACACAGUUUAGGUCCAGAUUAAGACUGAACAUAACUGUCUUGUGUCAUGCUUUUCAUUUAUUUUUUGCUCGAUCAAUUUUAGAUUGUACUUUUUAUUUGUCAAAAGGUAUAGAUUUUCAAUAAUUAGAGAAUGGCUACAUUAGCAUUCCACCAAUACAUGACUGAAUAGCCUUAACUAGAGCAAUAUGAAGUUAAUGUGACUCCAUAACUAGAACAUAUGAGAAUUGUUUAUAAAAAAAAACAUUUUUAACCCUAUGUAUUAGUCUAUUGACCCCCAUGGCCUAACUUGGUAAACUGGCCUUGAAAAAUGACUGUUGUUGUACUAGAAAUGUAAAUUGACAAAAUCAUGUUUUAAAAUCAUGGCUUGUUCAACCAA